AUGCAGAAGCUGGUAUUCUGCUGUCUCAUUAUUAUCAGCUUCUCCUGUCCUCUCUCAUCUGCCCCCAUCAUCAACGCCAGUGAGAUGUCUUAUCAACUCUCAGCUGAAGAAGAUUCGAGAUUGAAUCUGGAGCGCCUGGGAAGCCUAGGAAGCACUUCCCUCCUUCAGUUUUUGCCAGUUUUGGACAUGCUGACCGAAGACAACAAAGCAGGUCUUAGUUCCAGCAGCUACAGCCCAAGGGAAAAUAUCAAAGAGGCUUUCUCUGAAAAUCAUCCUCGAAUUGCGUUGUUUGGCCGCUUCUUGACCAAGGACAGGAAACAGUACAAGAAACGUGGGAAUCUCUCUGAGUGCUUCUGGAAAUACUGUGUGUAA